GAGUGCUGGCCGCACUUCUUGCGUACCAAGUGUCACCUCCCUUCCAAAAACUUCUCAGGGGAUUUUCCCCAUUUCCCUACCCCUCAAAAGCAAAACUCUGAAAUUUCUUCCUCCUCCUUCCUGUCCCUUCCUCUUUUGCAUUUUACAGCCUAUGUGACCUUCUGCAAAUUGAGUCUGUUUGUUGCUGCAUACAUAUAUAUGUAUGUCUGCAUGUGUGUAUAUGUGUAUAUGCGUACAUAUAUAUAUCAACAUUUGACUCCUGCCGUUAUUGUAAAGAUUAAUGAAUUGGCCCUAGGUGGUGCAAACAGUUAAGAGGCUCGCUCUUAAAGGUUGGCACUGUGAGUCUAUCCAGAGGCACCUUAGAAGAAAGGCCUGGUGAUCUACUUCUGAAAAAUCAGCCAUUGAAAACCCUAUGGAGCACAGUUCUCCUCUGACACACAUGGGGUCGCCAUCAUUAAGAGUCAACUGGACAGUAACUAGUUUAUUGUUAUGAUUAACUUCUCAGCAAAAUCAGUGAUUGAUUGCACGAGAUGGGAGAAGAUGGAUGGACGGAAAAAGCCUUGGCCCUGAGGGAAAUCUUUAUAAAAAAUUACCAGAAGGAUUCCAAAAGUGGUAAUUGGUAGAAAUGGUCCUAGUGUGAAAGUUAGAAACUCCACAGCCUCCUAUUCAGACCUCCCACAGCCUGAGCCCUCUGACUCAGCAGCUCCCACCUGGACAUCCCUCCAGUAAAUCUGGCUGCUAUGCAUGCCCCAAACAGACAACCUGAUGUAGCUGAAUGGGCUCAGCUCCUAGCUGGACACAGGAUCUUCUUUUUUCUUUCAUCCCAUCUUCCCUUCCUUCCUUACUCCCUUUCGUCAUUCCUUCCAGGCAGUUGGAUUGUUUUCCCCUUGGAUUGUAAUGGGGAGCCUUUGAAGGGUUUAAACUGGGGUGGACAUGACGAAAGUACAGUUGUAAACUGUUUUAUCUCUGAGGUUCUGGACAAUUAUCUUUGCCUCUUUUGGAGACUAACUUUCCCCUUCUGUCUGGCCAGACUAUGGAGGAGAAGCCCUUGUUAUUCAGAUUGAUGUUCUUGCUCUUUCUUGUUUUUAUCCCCUCCAGUUCACCUCCCUCCAAUGUUUUCCUUUGAAUCGUUUUAUUUUUCUCACACAACCCUUCUCAUCUUCUCCUUUCCUUUUCUCCUCUCCCCUCUAGUCCUGCACAAGAUCUCCGUGGUGCUGCUUAACAGGGACAUUGCCCCUAUGGCUUCAGAGAUGUCCCUGUCAACGAUGUUGGAGGAGGUAACGUGCCCUCUCUGCCUGGAUCCCUUCAUGGAGCCUGUGAGCAUCGAAUGUGGCCACAACUUCUGCCGAGCAUGCAUCUCUGAGGUCGGGAAAGAUGGGGGUAGUGUCUGCCCUUUGUGCCGGCACAAAUUCCUGCUCAGGAACAUCCGACCCAAUCGGCAGCUAGCCAACAUUGCGGACAACCUUAGACAAAAGGGCCAGAGGGCCGAGGAGGACUCAAAGGAGGAUCAGUGUGGGAUGCAUGGAGAGAAACUUUACCUGUUCUGUGAGGAAGAUGGGAAAAUUCUUUGCUGGGUGUGUGCCCAAUCACCAAAACACCAUAACCACUCCAUGGUCCAUAUUGAUGAGGCUGCUCAGGAGUACAAGGAGAAGCUCCAGGUGGAAUUAGAGAAGCUGAGAAGAAGGCUGGAGUUGGCUGAGAAGUUGGAAGUCGAUGUUACUGAGAAGAGAACAGCCUGGAAGAAAAACAUUGAGGCGCACAAAUCAAGGAUUCACGCAGAGUUUGUACAGCAGAAAAACUUUCUGGCUGAAGAAGAACAGAGGCAGCUAGAGAAACUUGAGAAGGAAGAGAAGGAUCAGCUGAGAAUCCUGGGGGAGACUGAAGCCCAGUUGGCCCAGCAAAGACAGGCCCUGCAGGAGCUGAUCUCAGAGCUGGAGUGGAGGAGUCGAGGCUCAGCGCUGGAACUGCUGCAGGAGGUUACAAGUAUCCCAGAAAGGAGUGAGGCCUGUAACCUGAAGGAGCUGGAUAUUGUCUGCCCAGACGUGAGGAGUGAGUGCCGUGUGCCAGGGAUAAAGAAGAUGCUGAGGACAUAUGGAGUACACAUCACUCUGGAUCCAGACACAGCCAAUCCAUGGCUCUUCCUUUCUGAGGAUGGGAGACAAGUGAGUCUUGGAGAAACCUGCCAGGAGUUGCCUGAAAAUGAAGAGAGAUUUGAUAGUUAUCCUGCGGUCCUAGGUGCCCAGUACUUCCACUCCGGAAAACUUUACUGGGAGGUAGAUGUGACUGGAAAGGAAACCUGGGACCUAGGGGUUUGUAGACACUCUGUGAAGAGGAAGGGGCAGUUUUUGCUCAGCCCUGAGAAUGGCUUCUGGACAAUUUGGUUGUGGAAAAAACAAAAAUAUGUGGCUGGCAUCUCCCCCGAGACUUCCCUCCACCUUCAGGUGCCUCCUAGCCAAAUUGGGAUCUUCCUGGACUGUGAGACCCACACUGUCUCCUUCUAUAACAUCACUGACCACGGCUCCCUCAUCUACACCUUCUCUGAAUGUGACUUCGCUGGGCCUCUGAGGCCCUUCUUCAAUACUGGUUUCAAUUAUGGAGGACAAAACAUGGCCCCUCUGACCCUGUGUCCACUGAGGCUGGGAUGGUAGGGGUCCACCAACUAUUGGUGGCUUUCCUCCAGACACUACUACCUGCUCCCUGUUGAUACCCUUCUUAUUCAUUCUCCCCGCCUCUUUUCAUCAACUCUGAGCCACCUCUACCUCUGCAAAGGUGUCAGCAUCACAGUCAGCAGGCUUUGGCACUGAAAGCCAAUGCCAAGUGGCUUUCAACAGCAGUAUUCCUGCCCUAGAUUGUUUAUGAAUCCCUCCAAGGAAGCAGAAUACUUCUAUUUGGUCCAAACUCAUCUGGAUCAACCAAAAACACAUUUCUGCCUCCUUUAUGUGACUCAAGUUUUGUUUUCUUCUCUCCAUCCCUAUAUCCAUUGCCUCAGUUCAGAUCUCUGUUCUAUCUUGCUGAAUUUACAGAAAGUUUCCUGAGGGAAUUAUGCCUCAAUCUAUCCCAUUCAGACCUUGUUUCUCAUCCACAUCUAGGAAUAUCUUUCCAACAUGUGAGUCUAACCUGAUAAAUCCACUCUAACAUGCCGAUUUUCCCUAAGCCUUUGGAAACCUUCUUCUACAGUAUACCAAGGCAGGGCUGGUGCUUCAGCUUGAUUUCCUGUAGGCCACUGCAUAAUUCAUGCUUCAGCGACCCAACCAAAUAAACUAUAAGAUCUUUUCCCAAACUCUAGAGCUGAAACACUGAAUGAAGAAUCUGUGAUUAAGUGGGCUAUUAUUAAUAAACUCAGACUAAUCCAACUUUAUGUUCCUUGUACCAUUGUCCCACAUCUUUAAUAACCAUGCCCACACAUAUUCCCCAUGUUUCUGUUUGUACAUAUUAGAAAAGUCAAGCAGUUCUUCUGGAGUACAGCAUACCUCCUCCUGGGUCACACUUUGUAUUUCACCUUUUGGGGCUCAAUUGGACUUAAGUCAAGUUAUAGGUCUAGAAGCAAAAAAGGGUGGCAGUGAUGUGUUUUUAGAACAUUCAGCAAUGUCUUGUAAGGUAUCUAUCUCAAUACACUUAUGCAGUCUCAUCACCUUUAAAGCUAAAGUUGGGUAGAAGUUGAAUUAGAUCAUCUGUGAAAGAGCUCUUCGAGCUCUAGCAUGCCAUAGAUCUUAGUUUCAAGCUGUUACUGAGCUAAGAGCUAUGAAUAACACUUCAGUUUCCACCUUGAUCACCGGAAUGUGGUAUACAGUACAUCUCAGAAGGAAAAUGGUAACUGAAUUGAUUAUCCAAUUUAAUAAAACUUUACUGAGCCCAAGGAGCCCUGGUGGUGCAGUGGUUAAGUGCUCUGCUGCUAAACCAAAGGUCAGCAGUUUGAACCCACCAGCCCACGCCACUGGAGAAAGAAGUGCCGGUCUGCUUCCGUAUAAGUUCACAGCCUUGGAAACCCUACGGGGCAGUUCUACUCUGUCCUAUAGGGCCGCUUGAGUCUUUGAAUCAACUCAAGGGCAGCGGUUCUGGUUAGUGAGCACAUACCAUAUGUGCCAGGCGUGGUUUCUUGAGGACCUAUGACCUACUUGGUGGGAGACAGACAAUUAAGCAGUAAUGUUUAUCUAUAUAAUAUAGAGAGUAUAGGGAAAAAGUUAACACAGGGAACUGUGGAAACAUGGACAACUCCCUGAGAGCUCAGAAACAGUUUCCUAAAGGUGCCAUCCUUAGUUGAACCUUGAAGAACAAGUAAGAGUUUGCCAAAGGUCUUAGUUAUCUAGUGCUGCUAUAACAGAAAUACCACUGUUUGCUUUAGCAAACAGAAAUUUAUUCUCUCACAGUCUAGGAGGCUACAAAUCCAAAUUCAGGGUGCCAGCUCCAGGGGAAGGCUUUCUCUAUCAGCACUAGAGGAGGGUCCUUCUUAUCAGUCUUCUCCUGGUCUAGGAGCUUCUCAGCACAGAUACCUUGAGUCCAAAGGAUGCACUCCCCUCCUGGUUCUUCAUUCUUGGUGGC